CACGGAAAUAGUUUCUAAAUACAACUUGACCUCAGAAGCAUGGGAAAUCCGUGUGAAGUGUAGCAGUGUUACUGUGAGAUAUUUAAUUAAUAAGACGUGAAUGUACUUGUUGUUGUUGUAAUGGAUCCUAACCUGUUGUACUGGAGGAGCCAGGGGCAGUCUUUCCUCAGUCGAGUUCAGAUCUGGCUUAAUCUGCUCGAUCCAACUGUCCUGCUCUCGUCUGAUGCUGAAAUAGAGAGGUCCCACUCUCUUCUUGGAGGUGGAAAGAAAAGGGAAAAGGAUGCUCCUGCACUGACCCUCGCUCUUUCGUCCGUCCACGCUGACUCUGGAGCUGUUCUUCCACUGGUUUUCCGCCCUCCAGCAUUAUUACCAAUAUCAGCACCUUUGGUGGUAGCCAGCUUUUUACCUCAUAACACUGUCAAACCAGCUCUGUUCUGGCAGUUUUUGCUGCAGAGUUACAGUGCUGGGUUCAACUAUGCAAACAGAAAUUCUUCAUCAGAGCAGGGUAAGCAGACGUCUGUGAAGCAGCUCCUGUUGAUCGCAGGAACAGUGUCCUAUGCAACAUGUGCAGGGGCCCUUCCUCAAAUUUUCAUUAACCGACUCGGUGUAAGGAGUCCACCGAUCCAGACUUUCUUUAGGUCGAUAUUACCAAUCCCACUCUCAGCUGCUCUGGCCUUCUUCAAUGUCUUCACCGUGAGAAGUGAGGAGUCAGAAACAGGGAUACGAGUGUUUGAUUCCGAUGGAAAUCCUGUCGGCAUCUCUAAAGCAGCAGGAGAAAAGGCUGUGAGAGACACUGCGUUGUCUAGAGCGGCACUGUUUGGUACGACCGCCGCUUUUCCUAAUCUGCUGGUUUUGCUUUUGAAGAGAACGAGACUUUUCCAGAGGAACUCUCUGCUGGUCGCUCCUCUCCGUCACAUAAGCGUUGCGUUUGUUCUGGGCCUGAUGAUCCCUGUGUCGUUCAGCCUCUUUCCACAACUGGGAACGAUAAAGAAGGAGGAGUUGGAGGAGGACCUACAGGCUGCAGCUGUUGAUGGACAGUUAUUCUAUCACAGAGGACUCUGAGGAGCAGUCACACACGGGAGAUACAAAAUGAACUGAGAUCCAAAUACAGAGCUGGAUAGCAUGAAAAUAUAUGAUCCAAAACUGAAAUGCAGCGUUUUUUCAGAGUUUCAUGUGGAAUAUUUUGUUUAAAAAACAUUUCAAGAAACCUGAAGAUAGUUUCUGAUAGUAAAUUUAUUUAAUUGGAAUAUUAGAUGUUUUUAUAGAUAUGAAAUAUUACGUCAAUUCAUGAAAAUACAAUUAGUUGCAGUAGAGCAUGUAAGAUUUAUGUAUUGCACUGUCAAAAACAUCCUUUUGGUAAUGUGGUUGAAAAUGCACUGGACAGUAAAACAACAUUGCUUAUCGUACAUUAAUACAAAAAAAACCUGAAUGGUAAGACACAUAAUGCAAUUUAAAUCACUGUGGAAUAGAAGCAUCAGUCAUUAUUUGAUCAGCUGCAGGUUAAUGAGGAACAGUUAUUUUGUUUUUGCUUUUUUAUAAAACACUUUGAAAAAACCUGAUAACACAAUUUGCUUGUAUUUCUGUUGUGACACCAAAAUCAUUAGUAAAAUACAAACUGUUUAAAAAGACGUAAACCCACAUGUUGUGCUCUUGAGAUCUCAUAACCACGUACAACGCAGUUUCUAUCAACUAACUCAAUAACAAUAAGUUCUCAUCACAUCUGAGUCGUUCCAGCUGCUGCUGUCACAUCUGGGUCUGGCUCUUUACAGCGAGUCGUUUCAGACCAAGAACAAGAUUUGUGCAGCUUUGCACUGAGGAGUGGAAGCUAACAUCUGGAUGUACCAGCUGAAAAAGUACCAGCUUAUUUGUGUCAAUUUCACAACAUUUGAGACAAAUACUGUAGCUCCUUAUUGUCAAUAAUGACUAAUGUUAAAGUAUAAGGCUAUCAUCAUCUUAUAUUUAUCUCUUUGCCAAUAAAUAGCAUGAAGAGACCAAAAUCAA